AUGAUCAACAGGAGGACAGAUCGCCUGAGUGCACCUCGGGGUUUGGAGCUGGAGACAGUAAACUGCACAGCGUUCAAAAUUCAGUGGAAAAUCCCUCAGAGACACAACACCAUCACCGGAUACAGGGUGUUCUAUGCAGAGACGAGAGAAGGUCGUUCCAUCAGUCCCACCAUGACUCUUGACGUUCCUCUAAGUGCACACACACUCACUGGGCAGUUUUCUGGACAGAGUUUAGACAUGGUGAUUGGAGGACUGGACGUGGGGACUCAGUACAGUGUAAGUGUGGCAGCGUAUGAUGGAACAGCACAGGGACGUCCCAGCAUGCCGAGGGUUGUAAGCACCGCCUCCCGGGAUGUGUGUAUGCCCCCCUCCCCUCCCACUCAGCCUGUAGUGGUUGCCUUGUCAGACACGGAAUUGGCGUUGUCAUGGCAGCAGGGUGAAAGUCAGGGGAGUUCACCUGUGCUCCACUUCCUGAUUGCUUACAUCAGGCCAGAGAUGGACUCUGAGUGGACGAUCAUCCGUGAGCCGGUGGAGUCGAAUUCGAUGGUUCUGAAGGGUCUGAUUCCUCAAACUAAUUAUCAGUUCAUCAUCAGAUCUGUAAACCAGCAUGGAGUCAGUUAUCCCAGUCCAGUCAACCCCCCCACCCGCACUCAUGGUAAGCCCCGCCCACCACACCACUGACCAAUAAUACACACAUCACACACCACUGACUACUCAGACCUG